AUGAGUGACGGAUUGGAUGGCGUUGACGAUUUUGGUGUAAAUCCAUUCGAGGAGACAUUACCAGACACCCCCUUGGAGGAAGUUCCACCGGAACCAAUUAGAAACAUAGAACCUGAAAUUGCUCCAAAGCCAAUUGAAGAAGAACGUCCCUUAGCCCCAGGGUUACUCAACUACUAUUCUCGUUAUUUCCAAUUGACCACCGCAGACUUUAGAAAAAGGGUACUAGGUUCAUUAUCGCUACGCAAUGAAGCAUCUCCGCCAGAUCUCUACGGACCACUAUGGAUAACUGCAACUGUGGUCAUGUCAAGGUUUUUAGGCAGCGGACUUUUCACGCUUUGUAUCGAUGGCGUAUUUGGGGGAAUUUCAACGGAGGUCAAGGAUUCCUCUCGUCAAUCUUGGAAAUUAGUCCAUUCAGCAUGGCUAUUUUACGCUUAUACGCUGUUAACACCGUUCAUUGCUCAAAAAUUAUUGGCAACAAAUUUCAUACCACUUGUCAGUACUUAUGGUUAUUCAAAUGUAACCUGGAUCGCCGGGUGUCUUUUACUAUCAGUUGUCGAUGAAUUUAGAAGAUUGGGUAAAAAUUUUGUCAUUACGAUUAUCGAAUGGGUAAUCGUUUCAUUAAUUGCAUUGAAAAGGUCGUACUCGCUCUAUAACGAAUUAGAAGCCGGACGCAAAUCUCUACCACUGCUAGUUGUCGAUGUAGCGUUUUGCGUAGCGGCAAAAAUACUGUUAUUCUAA